GCAGCUUGUGGAUGCUGCUUGUGGCCGCUUCCGCUGCUUCCUCUUGGGCCAUCGCUGCGGACGAGAGCACCGGCAGGGAGACAAGAUCUAUACAAGGCCGCGAAACAGAUGCAAAAGGGAAUCAGCCCGAUGAGAAGCAUCAACCUCACGAUUCCUCAUAUGGCACUUUCGCCAGCGAGUUUUACGAUACGCGUUUCCUCUCCGACGAGGGUUAUCCUUUUCCUACUGCUCCUCCAGUAGAUCCAUUUGCAAAAAUUCGAGCGGAUGAUUGUGGAAAAACAAAAGGAUGCUUUAGAUACGGUAAACCUGGAUGCACUGCAGAUACAUGUGACUAUUUUCUCAGUUACCGCAGAAUAGGAGCUGACAUAGAAUUUGAACUGAGUGCUGAAGCUGAUGGCUGGGUAGCUGUAGGAUUUUCCUCAGAUAAAAAAAUGGGUGGAGAUGAUGUUAUGGCCUGUGUUCAUGAUGAUAAUGGAAGAGUCAGAAUACAUCACUUCUACAAUGUUGGUCAAUGGGCAAAAGAGAUCCAAAGAAACCCUGCCAGAGAUGAAGAAGGUGUUUUUGAAAAUAACCGUGUCACAUGUCGAUUUAAGCGCCCAGUGAAGGUUCCCAGAGAUGAAACUAUCGUAGAUCUCCAUCUAAGUUGGUACUAUUUAUUUGCUUGGGGCCCAGCAAUUCAGGGUUCUAUAACUCGGCAUGAUAUAGAUUCUCCACCGGUUUCGGAGCAUGUGGUCAGUAUUUACAAGUAUGAAGAUAUUUUUAUGCCUUCAGCUGCCUAUCAGACUUUUUCUUCUCCUUUUUGUUUGUUACUUAUUGUUGCCUUGACAUUCUAUUUAUUGAUGGGAACUCCAUGACAUUGUGUAUAGUAUUAUGACAGAUUGAAAUUAUUUGUCAGACAGUGUUGUUUAAAAUUCUACUCUUUUCUAUUGGAGUUUAUAUUAGAGAACAAUUUAAUCAUUCAGAUGGUGACCAAUAAACCUGAGCCAUAAAUUUGUGCCAAAUAAUUCCAAAAUUUGUAAAUCAAUAUAGCAAGUGUUUGUACCUUACUGGAUACUUCUGAUAUAUAUUUAGCCUAUAUUUCCAAAUAUAUUUCUGGAAAUAUAUACGAAAUAUAUUAGAAGUAUUGCAAACACAAGCUGUAUUGAUUUUCAAAUCUUGAAAUUAUUUUAUGUUGUUUAAUUGAUGUUACUUAGACAUUUACAAAUGUGUAAGUAGCACAUAGAAUAAACAACAUAAAACAAAGUAGGGUUGCCUGUAAUAUAAUACAUUUGCUGUUUGAAAAAACUACAGUAUGAUAAUGUCAUAUUAUGAAAAAUAUAUACAAUUAAAUUUUCUAAUGUUUAAUUAGCUUUCAUCCAAGGAAAUAUAAAUAAGAUGUUGGUGAAAUUAGAUAUCAUAUGUUAUGUUAUAAGUUAGAUUUUUGCUUUGAAAGCCAUAGUGACUGCAUUAAAUUUUACUUUUCCAGGUAAAAUAAUAUUUAGGCUUAAAUCAAGAAGCUUUUUAGUCAAUGUUCUGUUUGCUGAUGUUUAAGAAAUAAACAAUGACUUAUAUUUUGGUAGCUGAACUGAAUGGUGUAUGUACUUGCUCUGAUCUGCAUCUGAUAUAAGGAUCGACUGGUAUUGCCUACUGUUGGCGUCUCAGCUCUUAGUUGCUUGAGGGACUUCCUUUAGAGCUCUUGGGAAGGGAGCUAGCAAACUUUCCUGGUUUCUGCUUUGAAAUGUGCUGGGCAUUUAGUUGACUUACAAAUUCUACAUUUUAUUGCUAUGUCGAAUGCUUUAGUUUUCAUCAGGCAAAAUCAGGCAAAAUCUAGCUAUGUACCUAAGGGACUCACAGUUCUGAUCUCUUCUUCUUUGCUUCUCUGCUGGUGACAGAGGUCUUGGUUGCUCCAAUUUUUAGGGGCUUUCCCCCAUUAGAUUCCAUGGAAGUAAUUAGAGGGGGCACUGAGGAAGAAAGACUAUAACUUUGUUUCCUCUUACCAUUUUCCCUCUGCCUCAAUUCUUUAUUCUGUCUAUUAUUAUACAGUGUUGAUACAGCUCUUCAAGCUGUUUGAGGUGUUUUGCUUCACCAGCUCAUCUUUCAAAUCUUUUUCCAGUUUUCUCUGAACUGAUCAAUUAAAGUUAAUUUGUUCCAUCCUAUAUCACCAGCAAAAAUAUGAAUUAUUACCUUCAAGAUGUUUGAGGUGUUUUGCUU